AUGUCUUAUAGAGGUACGCCAGUAAACAAUCUCAAUGGGUUCCCAAACGGUGGAUUCCAAGGUAAACCCACCCUUCAACAACAAUUCCCUACUACUAAUGCUUAUUUGAAGCAAUCCGUAAAGAAAUUUGAAGAAUUUGCCGACAAGAUUGAAGAUCUGACUUCCACACCAUUUGUACAGAAAUUGAGACCUCAUAUCCCCGCAAUCGCUAGAUUUUUCAUCGUUGCCACUUUUUAUGAGGAUUCCUUCCGUAUCUUGACUCAAUGGUCGGAUCAAGUCUUUUAUUUGAACAAAUGGAAGCAUAUUCCAUACUUUUUUGUUGUUGUGUUUCUGUUGACGGUUCUUAUUGCAAUGCCCAUUGGUGCUACGUUAUUGGUGCUAAGAAAGAACACUGUUUAUGCUACGGGGAUUUUAGUCGCAUCUAUUGUAUUGCAGGGUAUUGUUUAUGGUCUUGUCACUGGCUCAGCCUUUUUAUUAAGAAAUGUGAGUGUCAUUGGUGGGUUGUUAAUUGCCUUUAGUGAUUCCAUUGUGCAAAAUAAGAUGACAUUUGGGAUGUUACCUGAAUUGAAUAGCAAAAAUGAACAAAAUAGAGGGUUUUUGCUAUUAGCGGGCAGAAUAUUAAUUGUCAUUAUGUUUAUUGGGUUCACGUUUUCCAAAUCCUGGAUCACCGUUUUCCUUACUAUCAUCUUCACUGUUUGCUUUGCCAUUGGAUUCAAGACUAAGUUUGCCAGUAUUGUAUUGGGGUUAAUCCUUACUUUCUACAAUGUCAUGUUGAACAAUUAUUGGUUCUAUGAUUUUACCAAGAGAGAUUUCCUCAAGUACGAAUUUUACCAAAAUCUAAGUAUCAUUGGUGGAUUGAUGUUGGUCACCAACACGGGUGCCGGUGAGAUUUCCGUGGACGAGAAGAAGAAGAUAUACUAA